AUAAUCUUAAGUUUAUUUUGGGAAUGUUGUUUCCAAAUCCAAAAGCCCUAUUCUAUUGCGAAAUGUGAAUAAUUGUGUGGGUCAUUUGUAAUUUCUUUUAAGAUAAUUUCUAUAUUUCUUUAAAUUAUGCCAUUUUCAGUGUGAAAGUAAACAUUGCACGAUGAAUUACUUAAAUGUAGUUUCCUCUCCGUUAUCUGCUAGUUCCGAUAGUAAAGAUGAACCAAAUAAUGAAGAUCUCGAAGUGGAUAACUCGAAGAGUGUGCUCCUCAAGAUAGCAACAUUAUAUGCCGAACAAUUGAUGAGUGACUUGGUACUGGAAGUAGCAGGUGUUGGGUACCCUGCUCACAGGCUCAUACUAUGUGCCAGCAGCGAAGUGUUUCAGGUAAUGUUAAUGAAUAGGGAAUGGAGCGAGUGGUGCGAGAGUCGCAUAGUCUUGCAAGAGACUCCAAUAGCCGCAUCUGUGUUCCCACAUUUCCUCAAAUACUUCUACACGGGACAAAUCAAGAUAUCACACCAAACCGUGCUCCCUGUGCUGUCUUUAGCUGACAAAUAUAAUGUUAAAGAUCUAGUCACCCUAUGCCUGAGCUACAUGUCACAGCACAUCGCUCAGGCAGCAAAGCGAGGUCACCUCAUUGCUUGGAUGCAAUACACUAUGGCAUGCGGUCACAAUGAUGUUGCUAAAGCUUGCCAGAACUUCGUGAAAUGGAACAUGGAGUGGGUGGUUGACAGCGAACUGGCCGAGUUGGAAGACGAUACGCUAUUACUGUUACUGCAGCACAGUGACCUGGUGCUGCACAAUGAAAUGUCACUUUACCAGUUCGUGGUACGCUGGCUAAACAAGCAACGCGAGAGGUUGAACACAAGUGAGCUGAGUGAAAGUGAGUUAAAGCAACACUGGGACACGCUCGUAUCCACUGUCUUCUCACAUGUCAGGUUUCCAAUGAUGUGCCCCAAUCAGCUGGCCAAGUUAUUGCUAUGUCCGCUGACGCAGGAACAUAAGGAAUUCUUCAUGGAAAGAAUGGCGGUCGCGAUGAGCUAUCAGUCAGGCCAAUACGAAAGGAUAUCGGAGAUCCAGCAAACCGAAGCCGGCCGGAUGCUGUUCACUCCCCGCCUGUACACGGAGGACAUGUGGGGCUCUGUCCUGGCGGUGGACAACUUCCACUCACUGCCCUGCUACCACACGAGGACCUUCAUCUUCUCCACCAGACCCUCGAUAGCGGACGUGGCGACGGAUAAACUGACAGAGUGGACCGUAGAUCUGUACCCCAAGGGCGUAUGGUUUAGGAAGAGUAUGCUCAUCGUAUGGGCCGGGACCUAUGAUGUCCCGGAGGUGGUCUUGCGGACUGUGCGCAUCUCCAUCACAUGUCAGAACUGUCCGGAGCAGAGCGAUUGCGACCGCGACUACAACGACUACUACGAGCCGGAUGUCCGGGUUAAGAUAGGUAUCCUAGUAUGGGGCGUCCAGAACGGAGUGGAGCACGUGGCUUCCGUCGUUGAGCGAGUGCAUCGCUUCUCCGCUCAGAACAGAGUGCUGAAUAUAGACGGCGCGUUGGACUUUGACGAGUUGAACACACCGCUGUACACGCCGGCCGCCGCAGAUUUGUCGUCCUCGCCUACCUCUACCGCUACCUCUACCUCUGGCUACCCCUCCGCCAAGGGCAACGGGUUCUGCCCAAAAUGCUCGGAUACUUGCGAUUCACCCGAGCCGAAGCACCUUUUUGGACCCAACCGUGAUCAACUUCGGAUACAAGUAGUGAUAGUGCCACUAACGGACUUCUGCCACGUCGGCGUGCCCGAAGCUCGGGUGUGACCACUCACCGUAACGAGUACUGACUGACUGUAGAGAGGCAAAUAAGAUGAACUUAGUAUUACUUAUUGACUUUCGACUUUGAAGUGAAAAUCUUUGUUAGUUGUGUGUUAUACGUGAAAUGUUAAAAUACUGUUGUAAUUAUUGUUGUAUGAUAUUUUAUAUUAAGCACCCUCAGACUUUUGAAGUGAUGGUUGAUAGUUUAUUUAUUCGGAUAAUCACUAUCAAAACGAUUUCUGGCCCACUAGAAGUCCACCACACCGGCCAAGUGCGGAUUGGUGGACACGCCUUUCAGAACAAAAUGUGGCUCGCUGGGUGCACUAUGUUUCACUUCCGGAUUUGAAUUUUUUUUUUUUAAAUAACUUUUGCUUUAGCGGUGAAGGAAAACAUCGUGAGGAAACCUGCAUGCCGGACAGUUCUUCAAAGGUGUCAAAUUUGACACAAAAUUUUAAUGAAUCAGUGUCAAGUUAGGUUAGUAAUAAUAAUAAUAAUUUCUACUCCAGAC